GUCAGUAGAGCAGUGCCGCUGGAGAGCUCUCUCGUCGACCGCAGGCUCCAGCAAAAGACGCGACAACUAAUCUUUUAUUUUCAUUUUAUUUAUUGGUUUACCGUCCCAGUGUGACCCAGAAACAAGAUGUGACUUGUCAGGAUCACGUCGCGUAUUCAUGUAUUUUAAAAGAGCCGGGAGCGAGUGCGCAAAGACGAGUGGAAGCCGAGCUGUUCUGGCGAAUGGAACUUAUUGUUGUGCAUUUGUUUUGACUAUGUUAUCCCCAAGUGAGUUUGGCUUCAGACCGUCUGCAUUUGUCGUCGAGUCUUGAUCUUUUUGUGGGAUUUAUAGCGAUUCGUCCACGGAAAACAUCGAAGGAGGAUUGUUGAAAAGCUGCAAGCGUUUCCUAUCAAGCCGGGGAUUUAAAUCGUCAUUUGGUGGUGCUCCGGGAGAGGCGAGAGUCAAAGAAAGAAAUUCAUGUGGCCAUUCUCUCUAGAGCCAAACAUUUUGGGGAUUCCAUAAUGAGUAAAGAAAGACCUAAGAGGAAUAUUAUCCAAAAGAAAUAUGACGACAGUGAUGGGAUCCCGUGGUCGGAGGAACGGGUCAUGCGUAAGGUGCUGUACCUCUCACUAAAGGAGUUCAGGAGCGCACAGAAAAGGCAGCUGGAUGGAGACGGAACCACAACCUCCAAUGGUUCUUUAUCCAAUGGGCAGCUGAACGGCUCGGUGUCUAAGGGCAGCCACAAAGAAGAUGGCUGUUUGCGUUCAAAAGGGUUGGACGGGAGUGGAGCCUAUCAGGACAGUCCCGCUAAAAAGAGGCCACGGCUUCACGCUCAGAGGAAGUUUGCGCAGUCGCAGCCCAACUCCCCCAGCACCACUCCAGUCAAAGUGUCCGACUCCAACUUGAACACUGGCCUGUCCUCGUCCCUCUCGUCUCUGUCCUCGUCCAUCCAGGACCUGUCCCGCCGCAAGCCCAAGACCGAGGACUUCCUCACCUUCCUCUGUCUCCGAGGCUCAUCGGCUCUGCCCAGUAACAUGGCCUACUUCGGCAGCUCUCAGGAGGAGGAUGACCUGGAGGAAGAGGAGCAGGAGGAAGAGGAGGAGCAGAGGAGCGGGCUACAGUCUGACAACGCCUCCGCCUCCUCCUCCUGCCACUCCACGCCACGCAAGGGCCGGCUACCAGGGAGACAGCCCCUCAAUGGACAUGUAUUCCACAGCCAUGCAAAGGGGACCAGGGAGAGUCCGAGGCCCAAAGCUGGGACCCACGGUCGGGAUUCAUCCGCUCCACAACUGCCACCUCCUCCUCCACCUCCUCCACCGCUGCUGAGGGAGCGCAGUGAACGGGCCGAGGCCAGGGAACACGCCCGGGAACAGGCCUUAGCCCGGGCCAGUGCCUCCAAUGGACUGCCACCACGACGGGCUGCAGAGGAGCUACGCAAGCAGGUCACUAAACUGAAUGGGCUGACACGGAGCGGAUCAGCACAAGCUGUUGGUGGUGGUGCCAAAAAGAGCCGUGACUUCCGACUGCCGUCCAAAACUGUGAAGAAGUACACAGCCACCGUGUCCAAGGGCCACGUCACCUACACCAAAGCCAAACAGAGAGAACUGGGCAAGAAAACCAAACUCAGCAGCGCCUCCCCCGCAUCGUCAGCGAACAAUCACAAUCAGCACAGCCAGCCAGCAGCCAGCCCCCCGCUGGCCCACUCAGGAAAAGCCGCCGCACCAGCCCCUCUCAGCAAUGCAAAAACACGAAAACAGGUGCUAUUAUCAAACGGGCUGCACAACGCCAGCACCCGCCUCAACGGUCGACUCAACGGCCAGCGGCACAACAUGCUGUCCAAGGAGGACAGCCAAAAACUGUCCCAGCAGAGCCAGGUGGAAUGUGCCGGACGAGAGGGGCUGCGGAACUCCAAACGGCGUCUGGAAGUGGUCCUACAUGCUCUCGAGACCGGACCCAAGUCUCCCAUCAUAGACGCCAAAAAGGUCAAGCUUCAGGCCACGCCUCUGGAGACGCGCAGCAGCAGUAAAAAGGUGCUCCAUCAGGACAAGGCUGUCACACUCACUGUGGCCCCCACCACACCGCUCACUAAUGGACAUAUAAAAGAAGCAGCUCCUUCACAAAGCUCCCCUGACCCCCCGGAAUCUUCCAAACCUCCACCCGCAAAACCUCCCGCUCCUAAACAGAGUACACCUCCCAAACAGAGCCCGCCCCCAAAACAGACCCCUCCCACUACACCGGCAGCCAACACAGAGGUGCUCAACCAGCGGCCCAAGAGGGCCUCCGCUGGUAAACUCAUGCUCAUCCGCCAAGCCCAGCAGCAGCUGAGCCGCUCUCACAACCGCAGCUCCAGCUCGUCCUCGCCCUCCAGUCACAAUCAGACCCCAAACCUCAGCACUACCUCAGACCCCCAGCGCACCUCCACUGGCCCUGCCUCUGCCUCCCCGCUGCUCUCUAACGGCCCCCUCAAAGCGGGCGGACCACGGCCGGACCGGGACAAGGAGUGGGAGCGCGAGAAGGAGAUGACGCGGCAGAAGGAGCGCGAGCAGGAGAAGGAGUGGGACAGGCAGAGGAGCAGAACGGAUGGCUGGGCAGAGCUGGAACAGGCUCCCAUUUUCAGACCGGCCCCCCGGGAGUUCCAGGACCCACUGGUGUACCUGGACACUGUGCGGGAACAGGCUGAGGGGGCGGGCAUGUGCCGCAUAAUGCCCCCUCCUGAUUGGAGGCCAGAGUGUAAACUGAGCGAGGAGAUGCGUUUUGUCACACAGGUGCAGAGGGUCCACAUGUUGGGACGCCGCUGGGGGCCCAAUGUCCAGCGCCUGGCCUGCAUCCGCAAACACCUCAAAUCUCAGGGCAUCACCAUGGAGGAGCCACCCGUCAUAGGUGGAUGUGAAGUGGAUUUGGCUCGAUUUUUCCAGCUUAUAAAUGACAUGGGUGGCAUGCAGCAAGUGAUGGACCUUAAGAAAUGGACCAAGCUAGCCGACCUGCUGCGUAUCCCUAAGUCUGCACAGGACCGCCUGGCCAAGCUACAGGAGGCGUACCUGCAGUACCUGCUGUCCUAUGACUCCCUGAGCGCAGAGGAGCGUCUGCAGCUGCAGGCUGAUGUUGUGCUGGAGAAGAAGGGCCUGGAGUCUCGCAAAGGUCCUCUGGAGGGCUUAUCAGAUUCCUCUGCUCCCAGCGCUCUGGCUCUGCCCCGAUAUGAGCCCAAGAAUGGGCUGGUGGGUGGCCUGGUGGGUGGGGCCGCUCACGCUCGCACCAAUGGAGUGUACCACCCUCUGAAGGAGCUGGAGGCUCAGGUCAAAGUGGGCCGGCGCCGGCUCUUCGCUCAGGAAAAACAAGGCAAAGAUGACAAGCAGCAGCACGGGGAUGAGCAGGACGAGCAUGAGGGGGUCCUUGGCGACCAGCACAAAUGUAUCAACAAGGGGAAAUCUGUGUCGUUGACAAACUUCUUCAGGAUAGCCCGGAACACUAUGACCAUGUGCUUUAACAAGGAGCCGGGAGCUGCUGAUGUUGAGCAAGAGUACUGGCGGAUAGUCGAACAAAGGGACAGUCAUGUGGCAGUGCAUUGUGGGAAGGUGGACACCAGUACACAUGGGAGUGGUUUUCCCACUGGAAAGUCAGAGCCGUUUUCCAAACAUGGAUGGAACCUCACUGUCCUCCCUAAUAAUUCGGGAUCCAUUCUGAGACAUCUUGGUGCUGUGCCUGGGGUGACCAUUCCCUGGCUAAACAUUGGCAUGGUUUUUUCUACCUCAUGCUGGUCUCGAGACCAAAACCGCCUUCCAUAUAUUGAUUACUUACACACUGGUGCUGAUUGCAUUUGGUAUUCUAUCCCUGCUGAGGAAAAGGCAAAGCUGGACAAAGUGGUCCAUACACUGCUUAAGGCCAAUGGCACUCCAGGAUUAGAAAUGCUGGAGAAGAAUAUUAUGAUCUCUCCAGAGGUGCUCUGCCGUGAAGGCAUCAAGGUUUACCGUACAGUCCAGAGGAGUGGUCAGUUUGUGGUCUGCUUCCCUGGUGCCUUUGUUUCUAAAGUGUGCUGCGGAUACAGCGUGUCGGAGACGGUCUACUUUGCCACGCCACACUGGAUGAACCUGGGCUACCAAGCUGCAAAGGACCUGAAGUGUCGUCGUAUAGCCAAACCCUUCUCCAUGGAGAAGCUACUGUACCAGAUCGCCACAGCAGAGUCCAAGAGGGACAAUGGCCUUCUCCUCUCCACCAUCUCCGCCCUUCUCAAAGACCUCAGGAAUAUAGAGAUGCGCCAACGGCAGGAACUUUACAAGGCAGGUCUACUGUCGUCAGCCCGCUAUGGCACCCAUGACAGCAGCCUGGGGCCCACCGAGGCCCGCAAGAAACCCCGCGGCAAGUGGCUAGCACUGGAGUCCUCGGAGAGACGCUGCCAGAUCUGCCAGCAUCUCUGCUACCUGUCUAUGGUGGUCCAGGAGACAGAGAAUGUGGUCUUUUGCCUGGAGUGUGCUCUGCGUUAUGUGGAGAAGCACAAGUCAUGCAGAGGUCUCAAGAUGAUGUAUCGAUAUGACGAGGAUCAAAUCAACAGUCUGGUGAACCAGGUGUGUGGUCGGGCAAUGUUGAAAAGUGGAGGUGCUAAUCUUGUGGUGAGCGGAGUGGGAGUGGGUGACCCCUGUAACGGCUUGAGUCCUGCCAAAGCAUCGCCGGCCAAGCGUGGACCCCGGAAACGUGCCACUGUGGAGGUGUCCUUGUCCCGCCUGUCGUCUAGCCACCUGCCCAAAGCAGCAGCUGUGUCCUGAGAGCCCCUCCACCACCUCCACCCUUUGUUUGUGGCAUAUACAGGAUCACUAUCAAUCAUCACAUAUUUAAAACCUGUCGUUUUAAGGCUUUCAAAGUCACUGUCCCUCCCUUCCAAGAGACACUCUUGUCCUCUUAGUCUGACAGCUUUGUUUGUAGAAAAAAUUUAAGCAAGAUGUCUUUUUGCACUAGUGUGAAAGAAGUUUUAUUCUUGAUGUUUUUAGAUUUCCCCAAACCCUUAAAUUAGUUUUAUUAGCAUCACAAGCAUUAAUGAGUUCACAGGAAGACCUCAGGUGGACGUCAAUCCCACUGAAAAGGGAUCCAUUGGAGCCCUUGUUUUUGCAUCACAGCGCCCCCUCCUGGCGUCUCCUUCUCAUCACGUUACUGUGAAAAUGGGACUACAGAAAAAGGAGGCCUUUAAUCCCACUUGUUUCUGAAAGUGACAUUACACAGUUACCCAAUGUCUCUUUUUGUCCUUGUCUGAGGAAGAAGAUUGCUUUUAUUUGUCCUUAAUGCAUCUCCCAUGUUUAAAGUGGAGGCUUGGUGAUGCAAGGUAAAAACUUGAAAGACAGACUGUUGGUUUUAUUGUUUGGCUAUUGUUUUUUCUAUUUUGUAUUUUUAGCUUUUGCUAGUUUUGUUUUGCAAAAUAUUGUCUAUGUAUUUUUUUCUGUUGAGUGGAGGAUGUGAAGGGGGCAGAGGUGGAGUUCACCUUACUUCCUGUUCGUGUGGAGGGACCCUCCUUCGCUAGUGAAUGAAAUUGUGCCUGAUGUGUAGCGAGGAGAUCCAUACUUAAUGGUGCUGUUGGUUAUAAUUACUGUAUAACAACACAAGUUAAAAUCUGGGAGCAGGCGCCUGCUAGCGGCUAAUCGUAGUGGAUAAUGCUGGCGUGCUCCCGUCCCACAGGGCAGAAAGGCUUUCAGGCGUUUCUGAUUCUAGAUGUGCAAUCGUGUUAACAUUCCAUUCUUCCAGUCCUCUUGUUUCAUCUGUACCAGUAAACAUGAAUUAUUAUUAUUAUAUUAUAUUAUUUUGUGUUUUUUACCUUUGAUCUGAUGUGUUAUCUCAAGUAGAGCCACUAGACAAGAGUGUAAAAUGUGAAAUAUCAAAUCCAUUUUUUCUUGUUUUUGCGCUUUUUGUUUUCUUUGAAUAUUGUUUCCCUUCUCCAGAUUUAUUAUGAGUGAUUUUAGAACAAGGAAAAGUCCGACACAAACAAAACAUCAUGUACAUAAUCCUGUAAAUGUCUUUAAAUACUUGAGCCUUUUCCUGGGGUAAGACAGAACAGAAGGAGAGUUUUGAAGAGAGUGCUUGAUGAAGAAAAAGCCUUACAUUUCCCUUUCUUCAUCCGUGUGAGUUCAAGCUUACAGGGUUGCUCUGGUAAACAUGUAUAAAAAUUUAAGUGCUGCUUAUAUCACUAAGAAAGAAGAUAUUGAGUAGCCAAUGACUGCCCCCAUUCUAGUUUUCUUUGUUUAGCUUUACUUUUUUAAAGAAAAGGGAAAAAGAGAUGAAGAGUUGAGAAAAAAAAAAGGAUUUUACAUUUUCAUUACUGAAAAUUCCACACAAAUGUAGUAGCUACUCAUGUUGCACUGAGCUUGCCAGUGGUGACUGUCAAGGAAAUCCUAUAAUCCCGUUUGUUGGUUGUUUGUCCCUGGCAGAAGACUGAACUGUUUUAGGACUAUUUAAUGAUAAACCAAGUCGGGUGUUUUCAACACAAAAAAGUGGUUGUCAAGUUUUUAUGGCCUUACAAUAUAUUUUAUUCUGACGGAUCCUUUUGUUCUGAUCACAUUUCUGUUGUUUCUUCCAUUUUCUACAAUAUCAACUACUCACAGUGGGGUCUCUGGUGACUUUAUUUAUUAGUGCCGGCUCUCGGCCUUUCCCUCCACUUGGAAAGACUCAUGUUGGUUAUAUUUGACAGUUUUUUACUUUUGGAGUUUGUACUUAAGGUUUAAUAAAAACUGACUGACAAUUCAC